AUGUCGUUCGUCCCCUCUCACGGUCCCGUCACCCUACAUUCCGAUGCCUCGCAGGGGAUUCACGAGACCGUUGCCUCGCCGCCCCUAAGAUCGACGAUCCCUGCGAUUUCCUCUGAGAAACGCUUUACCAGCUUGCCCUCACAUCGUCGGGCAAACACCGAGUAUAUUGCACGUCCCCCUAUCUUCGACGAAGAGCUACACGAUCCGACGUCGAACGACUCCCUUCCGAGGAACCGAUCGAUCCCAACUUGGACAGAUACGUUUCCCAAGAAGAAGCUCGAGGCUCGAGCAAGGAUCCUGUCAGAUUGGUUCCAGGGCAAGUCUGAACCGGUCGACUUGGGAAUCACUAUGUACCCCGACGACCAUGCCGACUCGACGGAGAUGGAUACUCCCCGUCUAGCCACGGAAUCGUCUUCACACUCUCGAAAGAACACCGCCUCGGGGACUGGGCGGUUCAACUUCUUCGGCCUCCGCCGGCAGGCAGAGCAGAAGCAAGAUCCACCCGAACCUGCAGAUGACGAGUUCCUCAACCUCGAUAUUUCCGCGGCUCUGUCCCUCCCCAAAUCCGAUGCCUCCAGUGAUGAAGCACUCGAUAGCCUCCGCGACCACGCCACGACCGUGCUACAACGUAUGCAAGAAGCCUAUAAACAACGGACAUUCGCUAUGCAUCAGGCUUUGGCUGAUCGGAACGAAAAGCUGGAGGAGUUGGAGGAGACUCGAGCACGGGUCAAUCAUCUGAAGACGCAGCUGGAUGGGAUGGCUGCCAAGGUCCUGAGCCAGGAGAAAGCCAUGCAGGCCAUGGCUCAAGAACUAGAAGAAGAGCGGCGCCUUCGACAACGUGAACAAUCUCGGAGCCGGAGUCGCGCGGUGCGCGCGAUUCCCCCCGAAGACGAGAUUCCGUCCCUUGUGCUUCAGACUCCUCACCGAGGUGGCAAGCGGGCAAGCCAUGGGACAUUCGCUAGUGAUUCAGGCUUUGAGUCGGGUGACGAGAGUGUCGCCGACAGCAUAUUCUCACACAAAGAGAGUGUUGAGUCGCCAACGUCCACCCUGACUGCCCCGUCCCCAAACUUGUCUCAAGUUGCGUUGUCGACCCCGACAGCGCUUCCAACCAUUCAAAAAAAUCUCGUCACCGUCACCACCACCCCCACCCCGACGCGCUCAUCCACAUAUGAUCGUGUUAUGAAAGGUCUUGCCUCGACACGGCUCGGUAGUUCUUUCGUUGGAAACUCCCAUCAAUGCAGUAACUGCCAUGGCGUUCCGGCCUCUGAAGCUUGGAGUGUAAUGGGGGUGCUCAAGGAUGAGAACCGAGGUCUCAAGACCCGACUUGGGGAGCUUGAGCUAGUGAUUGAUGACUGUCUCGGUCUUGUCGGUCCUUGA